AUGAGCAGACCCAUUUCAAAAGGUAUUCAACCGAAUUAUAUCUUGCACAAGACACUGGCAAGACAAUUCAAGGUUGAUCGAUUCUUGAGUGCUCUACCAUUGAGUGCAUGGCCUGAUUUUACCAAAGUCGUAGAUACCCAUGUUUUACACCACAACAAGCAUUUAAAAUCAGGUCAAGAGACGUUUGAUACUCUGGUAGCGUCGUUUCAGGUUAUCAGCUAUAAGAAAUCGUUCCCUGCAUUGUCUUCGUAUUUUAGCCAAGUGCUUGCGUAUUACAUGGAAAAGAAAAAGGAGUUUGUGGAUACGUAUGAUCAUAAAGUGGAAAAGCACAAGCGUGAGAUCGCUUUAAGUUCAGAGAUGGUUGAAAAAGUGAUGAUGAAUUUAAAAAAAGAAAGCCUUAGUUUGCAUGAAAAAUAUUUACGAGGUGACAUAUUGACGGAUUCAGAGAGCAAGAGAUUAAGUGAUUUAGAACAAAAUUCAAUUGCCAAAGAAGACUGGCACAUGUUUUGUAAAGCGAUCAAGGAAAAAUACACUAUUCAUAAAAAGAAAUUGAGCAAGAAAAUCAUUGAAAACUGGUACUUAAUUGCCAAGUUGGCAGAAAAUACAAAGAGUUUAGAAAAAAGUAGACAGCUUUUAGAAGUUAUUUUGGUCAAAGAGAGAAAUGAUUAUUGCAAAAAGAUAUACAAGAUUUUUGAAUUUGUUCUUGAUUUGUAUGAAGAGAAUGAAUUCAUGUUCAAAGAGGGGAACGAAGAAAAAGUGACCGAGCAAGAUUACAUAUCAGCCAUUUGGAGUCCUUUAUUGAAAAAAGUUCAUCAUUUGCAUGGAAAGUCCAUUCGAUUAAAGACACAAACACGGACAGGAAAAACUGACUAUCGAUUUGUUGUGGAUGUCGGUAACAAACAGGUGGAUUUGGGUGUAGGAGAAGCCAUCCGCAGACUUGAUGAUUAUCCAGGAAGAUUGGUACGCGAAGGAAAAGAUGUGGUAGACCGGUUUCUUCAAAUCUGCUCUCAAAGCUCACCAGAUCAAUCCAGCAGCUUUAUUCUUCAGACUGCAGGCCUCUGCGGUAAGCUAUCAUCUGUGCAAAUAAUUCAGCCCCAGGUGUAUGCUGCAGUACCCCACUUUACUGUCGAUAUUCCUCCAAAUAUUUCAUGCUUGGCGCCUUUUAUCGAUACAUUAAGAAUUUUGAUAACAAUGACACAAAAAAUGGAAUGCAUGGCACAAAAGAUAUUAAUUUCACAUGAAUAUGGGCAACCAAAGAUUUCCAAUAACUAUAAAUCAUGGAGUGCGCAAACCUUUUAUUUCCCAAAGACACACGAGUCUACUCGAAAACCCACACUUGUUCUAAAAUAA